AUGAAGGGGCCGUUGGGCGUGUGUGUGCAGCAGCACGUGCCCGGCAGUGGUGGCUUUGCCAGUGCCGCCGUUGCCAAAGGUGAUGGUGAUGGCCUCCUUCAGCAGCUGGAGAGAGUCUACCAAGCUAAGAGCAACGCGCGCAAGCUGGAGCUACGCAUGCAGCUGAGCCAGCUGAAGAUGGGCGCCACCGAGCCCCUGACCAAGUAUGUGUCCCGUGCCAAGGAGAUCCAGGCCCAGCUGCGCGCUGCCGGCCAGGAUGUGGCAGACACCGAGAUCGCCUGGUCCGUGAUGUCCGGCCUGCCGUCUGCCUAUGCAACGAUGGCCACCGUGAUCACCGCCACCACCGACGGGGACCUGAGCCUGGAUGACAUCCUGCCCAAGCUGCUCACCGUUAUGGGCCCCAACCCCCGCUGCACCAACUGA